AUGCCUCGUGGUCAGAAGAGUAAGCUCCGUGCCCAAGAGUCCCGUGUCCAGGCUCGAGCUGCAAGUCACAGGAUGGAGGGUGCUCAGGCCACUGCAGCUGCUGAGAAAGGGUCCCUCUAUCCCUCUCCUCCUUGUGAGGAUUCUCCCCAGAGCUCCCGGGCUGCUGCCAUCCUCCAGGGUCCUCAGGGAGACCCCUCCACCAGCAGUGCUGCUGCAGGUUCUUCUUACACUGGGGCUGAGGGAGGGGCCCCGGCCCCAGAUGAGCGAAGGCCAAGUUCCUGUGAUGCUCCCCCCUCUGCUGACAGCUACCAGAGGGAUCCCUUGAUUAGGGAGGCAGAUGUUUUGAUGCAUUUCCUGUUGAAGAAGUAUAAAACGAAAGAGCCCGUGAUGAAGAAAGAAAUGAUGAUGGCCAUCAACAAGAAGUACAAGGUGAACUUCCCUGAGAUCCUGAGGAGAACCUUGGAACAGAUGGAGCUGGUCUUUGGCCUUAUCCUGAAGGAAGUGGACCCCAGCACUCGAUCCUACAUCCUCAUCAGCAAGUUCAGCAUCACCAAUGAAGAAAGUCUGAAUAAUGAUGGCGAGUUUCCCAGGAAUGGAAUCCUGAUGCCUCUCCUGGGCAUAAUCUUCUUAAAGGGCAACCGGGCCACUGAGGAAGAGAUGUGGGAAUUCCUGGGUAUCUUAGGGCUCUUUGAUGGUAGGAAGCAUGUAAUCUUUGGGGAGCCCAGGAAGCUCAUCACCCAAGAUCUGGUGCAGGAAAAGUAUGUGGAGUACAGGCAGGUGCCCAGGAGUGACCCUCCACGCUACGAGUUCCUGUGGGGUCCCAGGGCCCACACUGAAACCAGCAAGAUGCAAGUCCUGGAGUUUUUGGCCAAGAUCAAGAAUACCACACCCAGUGCCUUCCCAGCGCAAUAUGAAGAGGCUUUGAGAGAUCAGGAAAGGAGGGCCAGAGUUACAGCCAGGUCUAGGGCUCCUGAAACAGCCUGUGAGCUUCCCAGAGGCACCCAGGGCAGACCUUCCAGCCCUAGUCAAGUCUGA